GGCUCUGCAUCAAAUGCAGAAUUUUUUCGCGACGAGGGAAUCACCAAGCCUUCAAUUGAACCAGACUUGCAGGAGUUCAGACGGUCUUUCACUGGCCUCUACCAAGCCUUCUAAGCGGAUCAAUUCUCGUCUUGCUUAGUUGUACUCAGAUUUGAGUUUCUGCCUUUCUGCGAUAGGGAUGUUUUUGUCAUGUGCUCUAGGUGCCUAUGCCGCGUUGGCUUUCUCAACAAGCUCCUUUUGCUUAGAGAGUUGCGCUCUAUAUGAUCGCUGUUGUUGUUCAUCCAUCUCCUUAGGCAAAUGCCAAAGUGUUAGCGAGAAUGCCUCGCGGUGCUCGUCGAGGGCUAAAGCUUGGAAUGCAUGCUUGAUAUCUAGAUUUUACCCGUGCUUGUUAGGACCCCAUCCAAGUUUCACCCCUAGCAUCUCCGGAAAUCCUAGUGCGCCAACAGUAUCGAAUACCCCGACGACCUCAACAAUCUUGGAUCCAGCGGAUGUCCCCUAGUGUCUAUGAGGAUGAGUCUCUCAUCUGAAGUUGUAGUUCUUGUAACUCCAAUCGUCUAAUUGGUCUUCAUUAGCAGCAGAAACGCCAUCCAGAAAGUCAAAGUAAGCAUCAGUUCCCAGGAAC